AUGUCUGUUGUUUGUGAGGUAGAGAAUGUUCCUGGAAUUGGAGUUCAUGGAGAUGAGUCAGAUAAUUCUAGAACGGGGCUUGGUAAUGAAUCUUUGUCAGGGAGGGAGAAUAUUUUCGUUGGUUCAAGGUCAGAUAAUUCCAUGAGCUCAGAGCAUGGGAUGGAAGCAAUUAUUAAUAUGGACGACAUUGACAAUGAUUAUGAGAGAGAUAUUAGUGAUGAUGUUGAGUUGGAUGAAAACAGCAAUGAGGAAAUAUUUGGACUUGAAAAUGUGUAUGACUAUUAUGGUGAAUCCGACAUGGAGAAUUGUUUUUAUGAUGAGUCAGUAGUUGGCAAACAUUAUGUGGAAGCAAAGCCGUCGAAUAGCAAUGAGUCCCAUGUUGAUGAUGGUGAUGACGCGAACCUCAGUCAAGCUUGUCAGGCAGAGGAUACGAUAGAGUUGUACAUGAUGAUAAAGGAGAUGACUUUUCCUAGUGAAGAAGCUGCAUUUGAAUUCUACAACAGCUAUGCCAACGAUAAUGGAUUCAGCAUCAGAUUGGAUAAGGUCAGAUAUAGCAAAAAAAUUACGAAACAUAGGCGUUACAGGCGUUUUUUGUGUUCAAGGGAAGGUGAGCGUGAUCCAAAGUUGAUGACCGAAGAGGGACAUAGCCGGAGGCUCAGACCACUGUCUCGAUGCAACUGUGAGGCGCACAUGACUGUGAAGCUGAAUGAAAAACUUGGUUUCUGGUAUGUUGAUAGUUUUGAUGACAAGCACAGUCAUACGUUAGCAAGAGCGGAUGAAACACCUUUUCUUUGGUCGCAUAGAAAAAUCAGAGAUCAUCAGAAGGCUGAGAUCUUAGCUAUGGGAGCUGCAGGUAUUAGGAAGCACACCAUAAUGGAUUCCAUGAUUAGCAGAAGUGGAUGGUAUGGCGGCGUUGGGUACGUCCGACGGGAUCUGUACAACCUUUGCGGCAAGGAAAAGAGGAAACUACUUGCGAAGGGUGAUGCUGCCACGACCAUAGGCAUUAUGCUCAGCAGAAAGGAGAAGGACCCAAGUUUUUAUUUCGACUAUGACUUGGAUGAAGAAGGACGGCUGAAGAGAAUGUUCUGGUGUGACUCGCAGUCUGUACAGGACUAUGAGGACUAUGGAGAUGUGCUUGUGUUUGACAGCACGUACAAGAUGAAUCGCUAUCGUAUGCCAUUCAUACCUUUUGUUGGUCUGAACAAUCACCGUAGGACUACGGUUUUUGGUUGUGCCAUAGUUUCAGAUGAGAAAGAAGAAACUUAUGUGUGGUUGCUGCAAACAUUUCUGAAGGCAAUGUGUCAGAAGAAGCCUUUGAGUGUAAUUACGGACGCCGACUCAGCGAUGAUUAGGGCAAUCCGCACUAUGGAAGACAGAGAACACGGAAAUUUGGUUGAGGAGGAUGUACAGGAAGAGGCACCUGUGGGCUGCAGCUUUUCUGACAGAGGGUUUUUGGCUUGGUAUGAAGAGCAACCAGCGGAGUGA